CUUAGAGAUUCUUGUUUGCCAUUCCCUGGAGGAAUUGCUGUAUCUGGGGCAGCAGGAAGCCAUGCCUUUUGCAGUAUGCUUUAGAGACACUUUAUUUGGGUACCAGCUCCUGUGAAAUCUAAGGCUUCAGUAAUGUAUCUAGAGCUGUAGAGUAAAAGAAGGAGGCCCAGAGAGCUACUCGUUAACAUUUCUGCUGCUGGGAGGCUGACAAGGCAAACUUCAAAUGUGCAGAGGAUCAGGGAUACAAGUAUAAAAGGAUUUCACUAACAGCGUGAAUGACAGAGGAGGUGCCCCCGACUGCACUUACGGACGUAAACUUGCGUCUUCUCUGCCACGAUGACAUAGACACAGUGAAACAGCUCUGUGGCGACUGGUUCCCAAUAGAGUACCCUGACUCAUGGUACCGAGAUAUCACUUCCAACAAGAAGUUCUUUUCCCUCGCAGCCACAUAUAGAGGCUCCAUCGUGGGAAUGAUAGUGGCAGAGAUCAAGAGCAGAACAAAGGUGCAUAAAGAGGAUGGAGACAUCCUAGCUUCCAAUUUUCCUGUGGACACUCAAGUUGCUUACAUCCUAAGUCUUGGAGUGGUGAAGGAGUUCAGAAAACAUGGAAUAGGUUCGCUCUUGCUUGAAAGUUUAAAAGACCAUAUAUCAACGACUGCCCAAGAUCACUGCAAAGCCAUCUACCUGCACGUCCUCACGACUAACAACACAGCAAUAAACUUCUAUGAAAACAGGGACUUUAAACAGCACCACUAUCUUCCCUAUUAUUAUUCCAUCAGAGGGGUCCUCAAAGAUGGCUUUACCUACGUCCUGUACAUCAAUGGCGGACAUCCACCCUGGACAAUCUUUGACUACCUUCAGCACAUUGGAUCAACGCUAGCCAGCCUGAGCCCGUGUUCAAUUCCCCAGAGGAUAUAUCGACAAGCUCAGAGCCUUCUCUGCAGCCUUCUGCCCUGGUCUGGCAUUUCUGCCAAGAGUGGCAUUGAAUAUAGCCGGACGAUGUGACUGGAUCAGAAGAUGUACAAAAAGCAGAGGAUUGUUCUUCCUUUCAUCUCCUGAACCAUCCGGCUCUGUGAUGAUUCCAGUGAUGACCGUUCUUGGUCAGUGACCCAGCCCCUGGAUGGGACUCCUUGUUCCACAGGUUGACCGAGAUUUGGUAGACUUUACACUUGACAGGCUGCAGUCCUGACUUACCCCCGUGGCCUGGAGCCCGUGAGCGUUGUCUGGGCAGGCCUGGUUGUCAUGCGAGGCAUCUGGCUGUGCCGUAGCUGAGGGCCCUUUGCGUCACCAGUCUGUGUGCAUGUUGCACUCUCCCUGCCACUUCCCUUGCCUCUGGUUUGCUCCUAUUUGUAUAUGUGAUUUAGAGGGGUUCAGCUGCUGCUUCCACACCAUGGCUACUGAAAGCAGCAUGAAUGAGGUUAAUGAAUCUGCACUGACCAACCAUGUAAAUGAGCUGUAAGCACCCUGGCAGGCCACUGCUGGCAGAAUAUACAGUUGUGCCCUUGUUGCUGGGGAAGGGGAGAACUGGGUGAGGGGAAGUGGAGAGUGAAGAUCAUGUCUGGGUCCUGCCAAAUCAGCUGCUGGUGCUUCCUGCAGGUAACUUCCAGGGAGGGUAACUGCCUCGCAUGAGAAACUACCCAGCCCCAACAGCCCUCUGGAGUGACUUAAAAAGCAGCAUCUAAUUCAGGAUGCAUCAAGUAGAAGGCAGGGAAUGAAAUUGCUAUUUCAUAGUGAAAUAUAUAUAUAUUAUACUGUAUAGAUCUUUCUGCCUUUGUCCAAGUUGGAACGUAGCAGGGGAGGGGAGCUGGGGAUGUAGAGCUGCUGCUGCAGCCAGAGCCCUGCAGAGUCUGGUCCAGAGCCCUCCUCCUCCACUGCAUGCACCCUCCUUUGGCACCAGGGCUGGACCCUUGCAGCGUCUUUAGGGAUGAGCUCCGUGCACAGAUCACACUGCCUUUUCCUUGCUGAAGAAAAGCCUCCCGAGCUGCUCACUGGUGUGCUUCAGGCCAUAGUCUGGGCAUCCCCUGGGGCUGUGCUGGCCUGUGUCCUGGCUGCAGGACCUCUCCAUGGCUGGGCCAGCCUGGGGCUGAGUCUCGGCUCACUGGUGUUAACGUCUGGCUCGUGCUGCAACCAGGCCAGGCACUGUUCCUGCUCCUCAGAGCAAGGUUGGGCGAGUGCUUUGCUUUUAAGGUGGGAGUCUCUGCAGCCCACCCAGCCUGGGCACGUGUCAGAGGCGCAGGUAUCCCUUGAGCCCUGCCACGUUCCCCUGGUGAAUCCCCGUUCCCUGGCUGAGGCUUUUCUUCUGCUCAGCACCAUGUUCCUCAUUCCUCUCUCAUUUUGAAACUGAGGCUUGAGCAAAGGAGGUCUAAGCUGCAGCUGGUGCAGGCAGUAUGUGCAGGCAGUGCCAGUUCUGGCAGUGGGUGUGGGCAGAGCCUGGGGAUGAGACACAAUACAGGUCAGGCUUAGACUUAGAAGAGAAAGAAAGCACGUUAAGAUCUUGCAGCCUGGAUGACUGUACAGUCACGUCAGUGUCUGUAAGCCCCUGAGGUGGGAGUUAAUUAAUAAAAGGGUGCAGGAGGUGAGCUUGCUGUGUGUGGUACUAUGCUGGUUCCUGAGAAGGGUGGCUGGGACUGGCUUCCCCUUCCCCUGCUGCUGCCACGGGGCUGGCACUGUGUGCUGCUGCUCAGCUCGGAGGUGGCUGUGGCACAGAAAGCCCCGGUGAGCGCAGCUUCCCCUGUGGCCCUGGCCAGCCCUGCAGCCUGGACUGCAGGAAGCAGCUUGAUCCAGCCCGAGGGGCUGGCACAUACCAUGUUUUGGAGCAGCAGAAGGCUGUUCUGCUGGGAGGUGCUGGUACCCUCUUCUGGGGCUAAAAGAGGUCUAGCUCAAUGACUGUUUGACACAAAGUAAGAAGGUGUCUCUGUGAGGACAGUCAAGCUUGGAGCUGUUGGAGAGUCCAUCCUCGGAGACCUUCAAGCCCCAAGAAGCCAGGGCUGACCUCAGUGUGGGCCUUGCUCUGAGGCUGUUGGAACAGAGCACUUCAGAGGAUCCUUCCAACCUACACGUCCCUGGUUCCCCUUCAGUUUAGAAGCACAAGCAGCAUGCUGCAGUCAGCUGGGUGCAAAGUUGCGGUUGCUGCCCUGCGUGCAGCAGGCAGGCUGAGUAAGGCUCAAGGACUGUUUUGUGGCAGAGGACAUGUGAUGGGGCAGGCUGAGCUGGGGCAGAUGCAGCUUUGGCUGAGGUUCCUCUCGGGGUUUUAGCUGGGCUAUGGGGUGGGAGAGGGGCUCUGCUGCCGGGGGACUGAGAUAGCGUGGUGUGUUGGCAGCCUGCUGCCACCGACAUUCCCCUCUGCGGGGCUGUGUGCUCCUGCCUGGGAGUGAUGUGGUGGAGCCUCUUGCAGAAGAGCGGGGCAGGUCUGCGCAGCCAAGGGCUCAGCUGAGCGGACAGGGGCAUCCUGUGCGUCCCCUUCUGUGCUGUGGAGCUGGCUGGGUCCUUCAGCCGGGCUCCGGCUGCCACCACCUCACCGAGGUGGCUUGGCUGCCUCCAGCCUGGCCUUGCUGGCUCAGCAGGUGCCCUGGCUGUGCUCCCCUGCCUGGCCUUGCCACCAAGCAGCUCACCUGCCGAGGCCCUGGUGGGGAGGCUUUGGCUGGCCCCCACUGGCAGGGGAGGUAGCAGCAGGGGCUACUGUGACCCCUCCUAGCCACAGCACUAUCCCAGGGGAGACCUGAAGCACCCUUCCAGCCUCACUUGUGUUACCACUUUUUGGUCUUGGGGUUUUUUGGGUUUUGUUUUUUGGUUUGGGGGUUUUUUUUGCUUAUCCACUUUUUACUUAAACAUGUCUAUUGGUUUAUAUGAGUUUCUUUAGCAACUCAAGCCCCUGGUUUUCCUCAGCACUUGCUUUCUCUGGACCAGAAUGAAUCUCUCUCUUUUCCCCGAUUGCUUGGGACUGAUGUUUCUUCACUUUGUAUCCUGCCCAUUACGCAACCCAACUCCACUGCUGCAGCACUUGAGCACAUCCCAAGGGGAGCUGUGACUGGUCUGUGUGUCCUUCUGCCACCCUGUCCUCUGAGGCGUCAGCCACCUCCCCACCUCACAGCCCAUUAUUUAUUGAAGAGCAUUGUGCUGCCACCAUCAGUCUCUCUCUAAACGUCUUCAAUUAAACCAGACCUCUUCUCCUGA